AUGCGAAUUUUCCCGCGGAGGAUCCUGACUCAUAGUCAGCCAGGCAUAUCAUUAUGUCGCAGUGGUAAUCGGCUACAUCGGCGACAAUUCGCGACUUUGCUUUCCCCUCCACCUCCGCCUGCUUCGGGAUUCACGGCUUUGACAUCACGACGACUCAUAUCCGUUACUGGACCCGAUUCGGCAAAGUUCCUACAGGGAAUCAUCACUGCGAAUGUGACGACAAAAGAUGGAUUGCCGAGGACUGAUGGUUUCUAUGGGGCUUUCUUGACUGCUACAGGCAGAGUCUUGUACGAUGUCUUUGUCUAUCCUAACCAUAACUUUCCGGGGUUCUCAUCCGAAGACCCGGCAUAUUUGAUUGAGGUUGACGCAGGCCACGCGCAGACGCUGGCUAAGCACAUCAAGCGUUAUAAGCUCAGAGCGAAGCUCACAGUGCGUUUACUGGGUGAGGACGAAGCGUCUGUUUGGCAUGCUUGGGAUGACUCAAAUGCUGUGAACUGGGAUUUAAUCGUCAAGUCGACAAACCUGUCUCUACAAGAUCCACGAGCACCAGGAUUGGGAUACCGACUCUUGCAACUGGACCAGAACACGCCGCAAGCCGACCUUGAAAAGACCACCGAGGAAGCUUACACAAUACGACGCUAUCUUAGUGGCAUUCCCGAAGGACAAGAUGAGAUCUCGAAAGAGCAUGCUCUUCCACAGGAAACAAAUAUGGAUAUCAUGCACGGUAUUGACUUCCACAAGGGUUGUUAUGUCGGCCAGGAACUCACAAUUCGCACAAGACACCGCGGUGUAGUUCGCAAGCGAAUUCUGCCAUGUGUAGUCUACGAGAAGGAACAUGCACCCCCAACAACACUGCAAUACCACGCCGACGGCGCAGCCUCAUCUCUCGAAAGCGUGACCGCGGACAUGAUACCGCGGGACACAAGCAUUGGACGGUUCGAGAAGCGAGGACGCAGCGCUGGCAAGUGGCUCAAGGGCGUGGGCAACAUUGGACUUGGGUUGUGUCGUCUGGAGAACAUGACUGACGUUACACUGCCGGGCGAUGCGGCAUCAGGGGCAUUCAACCCCGAGGACGAGUUCGUGCUGGAUUGGGGCGAGAAGGAGGACCGAAAUAGAGUCAAGGUUAAGGCCUUUGUACCGGAUUGGUUGAGGAAGGGGCUUGAUGCUGAGAAUUCAAGGCAUCAAAAGUAG